UGUGACGUCAUUUUCCGCAGAGCCAGCUGAUGUGUCGAGUCUUCCGCUCCUUCUCCGAGCUGCUCUUCGGUACAUGUUGACGUCUUUUAGCCAGAGCUUGUCUUAAUUUGUUGAAUAUAUAUAUAAAUACACACACACACACACACACACACACUCUCAGAUAUGUUCCACGGGGGAAGAACAGCGCUGCUGUGGGUUUGUAUGCAGGCUGCGCUCGUCGUGGCGUGGUGUUUCACCGAUAUGGAGACGGGGCCUGGCGCGGGAGUAUCGACACAGCCGAACGGAGAUCGGUUCAAAAUCGAGGGAAGAGCGAUAGUACCGGGGAUUAAAACACAAGACUGGGUGUCCACGGCAAGAAUCCUAGUGGAGGGCGAAGAAUACGUGGGGUUUGUAAGAACUGAUGGAAGUUUUGCUGUGAAUGACGUCCCCUCAGGAUCCUACGUUGUGGAAGUUGUCACCCCCAACUACAGAUUUGAACCAGUACGUGUUGAUAUAACAUCCAAGGGCAAAAUGAGGGCACGUCUUGUGAACUAUAUCAAGACUUCAGAAGUAAUUCGCCAGCCAUAUCCUCUGCAAAUCCGGGCUAGUGGCCCACACACCUACUUCAUGAAGAGAGAAACCUGGGGCUGGACAGACUUCCUCAUGAACCCAAUGGUUAUGAUGAUGGUUCUGCCCCUGCUGAUCAUUGUUCUACUACCCAAGGUGGUCAACACCAAUGACCCAGAGAUGAGAAAGGAAAUGGAGCAGUCCAUGAACAUGCUGAACCCCAACCCUGAGCUUCCAGACGUCUCUGAGCUCAUGACCAAGCUCUUCUCUGGCUCCAAGGGCUCCAGCAAGGCAGGUGGCAGCAGCAAGGGCACCAGACCAGCUGUCAAGAGGAGGUAGUACUAUACAUGCCUCCUCAGUCUGCCUAAAGAAGCUUGAGUUGCGCCAUGGAAGCAAGAUUUUUAAGUGUCAUUUUUUUUCCCCUCUGGGUCUAUUGUACAGUUUUCUUUAUUAUUAGAUGUUUUGGACACAUCUUGAUUUCUAAUAUGCUGUUGGAAACUGAGAAAAACUAAGUUUUUUUUUCAUACUGCACUGAUAGAAAUUUCUUAAACCCUGAAAAAGCUGUUAUCCUUCAUUUGCUCUAUACUUUUUACAUGUGGCUCUACUACUCAUCAUACUUUCUGUGCUAACCCUCCAGUGUGCAUUUUCCACUGCUGCUAAUUCCACUACCUGAAAGAGAACAUAUAUACAGAGAUUUUCUUGUUUUUUUUCCGAUUUCAGUGAUACGACUGUGAAUGAAGAUUUAAUUGAAUUUUAAGACUGAUAAAUUCUUAUUUAAAAGCCUAGAUAAAUAAAUUACAAUCCUAUAUAACAACUGUGUUUUUAUUUUAGACCACCAUAUUUGUCUGAACACAUCAUCUUCUAAUUUUUCGAAUUAUUGUGUGAAGUACUGCCGAAAUUAAGAUACUGUACAUAACUUGCCUAAGAUGUAUACAUUAAAAUGGUAAUCACUGGCAGUUCAAAGGAUCAAAGAGCUGUGUGGUUGCUUUCAAGUGCUCUAGAGUGUAAAUGGCUUUACUUUUAAUAAAGCGGACAAUAAAGUCCAUAUUAAAGUCAUAAUGAAAUGUG